GAUUUUUAUGAUGGAUGAUAUUCAUCACUAUGAGUCUUUGGUUCAGAGUGUUUUCCUUAUACUAUGAGUUGUUGUUUUAAUGUUUGCCUUCAUCACAUUAUUAUAAGGGGUAAGGACAAUUACCCCUGAGUUUUGUUCCAAACCCUAAAACCCCCCUAAGUUUUAUGAAAGGACAAUUACCCCCCUGAGUGAUGUCCAUAACACCAUUAUACCUCCUUGGAUACUUGGGUUCACCGUGUCUUGAACAGGAGAGUUCGAAGGCUAGAAGUGAACCUGUCACGCCACGGCCACGGUUGUGUGGACCCCUGGAAGUUUUAUGUUUUUCGUCCAGCAAUGUUCAGACAGACAGUUUUGUGAAUGAUGUUUCCAGGCUUUCAUGCUUCUUUUCAAAGCUAAAGAGUCUUUCCUUAUUUUUGGAUUGGCACCUGGCUAGAGAGGUUGAACGAUCUCUGCCUCAGUUACCUGCACUGAAGGAGCUGUCUAUAGAGGUUUGUUUAGCUGGUAAAGAGAGCAUGUGCGGACUUACUACGUUCUUUAGGGCAUUCCCAAACCUAGAGAAGUUUGUGAUAAAGACAUUAUACCCGCGGAAAAUAGUGACACACAGAGAUUCAGAUGAUGUUGUAAAUUACCCUCUUCAACAUCUUAGAGUGGUCGAGAUGUCUCAAUAUCGCGGCCGUUCAAUUGAAUUUGAACUCGUCAAGUACUUCCUCAAAAAAAUGCUAUUUCCCUUGAGACGAUUAUUGUUGAUCCACGUUUUAAAAUAGCUUCAUUUGGUGGUAACGAUUGGCUCUGUGAUUCUGGGUUCGACGAAAAAGCUGCAUUAGAGGAUCAGGAAAUUAGAACGGAUGAGCUAAUCAUGUUAGAAAUAAUGCUUCCAUUUGGGGGUGAAGAUUGGUUCUGUGAUCUUGGGACAGUCAAUCAAGACGCUCGGGUAACAGAGGAGGCCAGAAGGUGUGCUGAGCAGCAACUCUUGGGAACAAUGCCUCCGCAUGUGACAUUACAGAUUCUUUAGGCUGCGGAUUAAGGUUUUUCACUGUUUUGCUUUUGUGGAUACAAUAUCUACAUAUGUAAAUUGUUCGUGUUGCUUCCUAAUGAACCAGCAACCGGUUAUUGCUUCGUCAACAGUUAUGAAUGAACUUAUUACACUUGGCCGGAUGUAAUUUCUUCAACAAUCAACUUCUUCCUGUACUGUUGGAGUUCAAUAGCUUUUUGGGGAUUUGGCAUAUGCAGUCUGCUGACUUGCUACUAUUUCUUCUUGCACAUGGGAUGUGUGCAAAAUGUAUAUAUUAUGAUUUCUAGUUAAUACUAAAAAAUAUCAUUUCCAU